UGUUACCAUGGAGAUUGUAAACAAAACACGCUAAUACCAAAGUGUCAACGCGUUAACAUUAGCGAUAACACGCCAUUUGACGGCUGUUUUAAUGUUUGGAUAAAUAAUUAGAGCUGUUGUACAGGUGGAUUGUUUUGCUGAGAUGGACUCGGAGUAUGUGAGCCGCAGUCUGGCCGUGUGUCUCUCUCAGGGUCUCGCGGAGCUGAUCGAGCAGAGGCCGCCGGAUCCCAUCGAGUUCCUGGCGCUCUGGAUCCUCAAAUACAAGCAGAACCAGGAGCUCCAGCAACAGAAAUCUGCUUCCCUGAGACAGCUGGAGGAGGAGCAGCGGCGGCUUCAUGAUGAAACGGUCCAUCAGAAGCUCCUGGAGGACGAGGAGACACGGAUCAAAGCUGCAGAGGAGCACCUCCAGCGUGAGCCGGAAUCAGCAGCCGAGAGCAAACUCAGUCCUCCAGAUCAGGGUGAAGACCAGCAGACAGAUGCUGCGGAUCAGACGGAGUCAGAGACCGUGAAAGAGCUCACAGAUCCACCAGCAGAAGAUCAGGAGGCGAAUCAGGAAGAAUCCGGCGAAGCUGCUGCAGGUGAGGAACAAACCUCUGAGAUCCUGAACUCAGAGCGAUCUCAGUCUCAGGAGGAUCACAGCGACACACAGAAGGAGGCAGACGCCCCGUCUGAAGAGAACGAGCCUGAACCAGAGAAGACAGAAGAAGAUCCUGAAGAGAGACAGACGGAAACUGAGGACAAAGAAUCAGAAAAACCAGAGACUGAAGAGGAACCAGACCAGGAAGAAGAGGAUGCAGCCUAAACCACAACAUGAUGUGUGCUUCACAUUCAGCUCUGCUACUGCUCAAUUAAAUCUCAUGCAUACUGAUAUUAAAUUAUAGUUAUGGUAACUGAA